ACACAAAAAGCACCCAUUUCAUUUCAUGUCGUUUUUUCUCUCUCUAUUUACUGUCUUUGCUUUUCAACCAAAUCUAGAGCAACCCAUUUCAUUGUUUAAGCUUUUUAGGGUUUCCUUCUUCACUCAAUGACUUCAAACCCUUUUCCACUCUGACACCACCGGAUCCACUCUUUCACACGAGGUGAUUAUUUUUUAUUCAUCUCAAGAUUUACUAGGCCUUUGCUUUCGGCUCUAUUAUGGCCGGGGAAACAGCAUGGAUCAGCCAUUAUGAUGAAGACAUGAAAAAGGAGACUGUGGACUUCAAUUUGGAACUUGAUGAAGAAAUCGAUAAAGAUGGGAGUGCUGUUUCUGUGGACAUAAUUUUGCCUGAUGAUUUAUUGGAGCGUAUUCUGUCCUAUCUUCCCAUUGCGAGCAUUUUCCGAGCAAGCUGUGUGUGCAAAAGAUGGCAUGCGACUUCGGAAAGGUUUUUAUUGAACCCUUCUCAUUUGCUACCACAAAAACCUUGGUAUUUUAUGUUCACCAGCUCUGAUGAACCAACUGGUCAUGCUUACGAUCCCAACCUUCGGAAAUGGUAUUGCAUUGAACUCCCCUUUGUCGGAACUUCUAAUUGGUCCAUUUCUUCAUCAUAUGGCUUAGUUUGCUUCAUGGACAAUGAUAGCAGCUUCAUGGACAAUGACAGCAGAACCGAAUUAUGCUUGUGCAACCCUAUUACUAAAAGUUGUAGAAAGCUUCAAAAACCCCCAGGGAUGAGUUCUGAUUACGGUGCAUUAGCAAUUUCGGUCGACAAGGAAACACAUGAUUAUACUGUGGCAAUUGUGAAAUCAAAGCAAGUCCCUGGAAACUUUUUCCAGUGGGAUAUCUCAAUUCAUAUAUACAAUUCAAAGGAGGAGGCAUGGGUGACACCGCUAACCGAGGUUUUGACGGGGUGGAGAGGUGGUGAGGAGAGUGUGAUAUGCAAUGGUGUGCUGUACUUUGUAGUUUACUAUACCGGGGGUGUUCCACCAGAAAAUCGUCACGCAUUAGUUGCAUAUAAUAUCUCCAACCAAUUUUCUCAAGCUAGCUUGAGCUUUAUUCAUAUACCGUGUUCUCUGACAUGCGCCCGUCUGAUGAAUAUGAAGGAAAAGCUCGUAAUGGUCGGAGGAAUCGGCAAACUUGAUCGACCGGACAUAAUCAAAGGAAUAGGUAUCUGGGUUCUUCGCGAUAAGAAGUGGGAAGAGAUUGUCCGAAUGCCGCACAAAUACUUCCAAGGCUUUGGAGAGUUUGAUGAUGUUUUUGGUAGCAGUGGCGUUGAUGAUCUGAUAUAUAUUCAAAGUUACGGAUCUCCUGCUCUUCUCACAUUUGACAUGAACAUUAAACAAUGGAAAUGGUCACAGAAAUGUCCGGUAACAAAGAAGUUUCCUCUACAGCUUUUCACUGGUUUUUGCUUUGAGCCGAGGCUUGAAACUGCUCCGUAGCUUGUUGUUCUCUAUGGAAUCAAACAGCUACUAUUGACAGUUGUGUCAAGUUUCCGGUGAUUUCCUCCAUUGUUCUUAUAAAUUCCGUGUUUCAACUUGCUGAUUAAAGAUGAUGAUGAUUCAUGAAUUGAAUACUGAAAUAUUUAUUUAAACAUUUGAAAAAUACAACAGAGCUAUAUAAUUUUUUACAGCUUCUCAAUCUAUAGUUCAUAAUGCAUUACAAUGAGAUGUACAAUAUAUCUACUUAUCUGCUAUUGUUUGACGUGCUCUUAUUAAUCAAAGCAGAACAUUUCACUGUCACAGCUAUAUGUUUCUCAUUGUUUUUCCUGAAAACUAUAGGUUAUUGUGCA